GUACUAUUAUGUACUACAUAUUUGAAUUGGCCGUGAUAAAAAAUCAUACUGUAUCAUUUACCAUCGAAGGGAUUUGUUAUCAACUGUGAUUCAUGGUCUCAAAGGUGAGACCCGUGUUUCUGAAAUUCGUGUCCGAGUGAGCAACAAAUUCAUCCAAUUUCGAGCUGUUUUUGAUUCCUCCUCAUUCUUGAUUAUGGAUCCCCGUAGGGUGUUGAAACCAGCUGAGUUUGAGUUUUCGUGCAGGGCCUUCAAUCCUAAUCAUUCCCGUAGUCAUGGUUUUAGUCCUGCGUACUCUCUUUAUGGCCACGACAUGCAAGCCUUCCCAGGUUAAGAGUUUGAACUUCAAUGCAAACUCAAUCAACAUCGGCAACAGAAGCAGAGCUUCUUUCUUAUGCAGCAACCGUAGUAAUGGUACUUCUGCUUCCGAUUGUGCAACAAGUGGUGAUUGUGGAAUUUCCAUGGUCCAGGGAGCUUCCAGAGGAAUUGGACUUGAAUUUGUUAGGCAACUAUUGGAGAACCAAGAUAAAGGACAUGUAAUUGCAACUUGUCGGAAUCCUAAUGGGGCCUUAAGCCUUCAGGAACUGAAAAACAAAUUCCCAGAGCGGCUAAACAUACUACAGUUGGAUGUGACAGAUGAGAGCACUAUCGAGGCGUCGGCAAAAUCUGUACAAGAAAGAUAUUGUUCAUUAAACCUCCUCAUAAAUGUGACUGGUGUUCUUUCACUCCCCGGUGUAUUGCAACCAGAAACAACGUUGAGCCAAAUAGAGAAGUCAUCUUUACUACUAGCCUACGAGGUCAACGCAGUGGGCCCCAUCUUAGUGAUUAAGCAUAUAUGGCCGCUUUUAAAGAAGGGAGGGGGAUCUGGGACUGGACGAGAUGUUGUUGUUGUGGCAAACUUAAGCUCUAGAGUGGGUUCUAUAGGUGACAACCUCUUAGGAGGAUGUUCAUACUGAUCUUUGAAAACUGCACUUAAUCAAUUGACGAAGAGUGUAUCUAUGGAAUUUGGGCGCAAGAAAGAUCCGAUAGCUUGCAUCUUAUUGCAUCUUGGCACAGUGGAUACAGAUCUGACGAAGGCCUUCCAGAGAAAUAUUGCCGAAGGAAAGUUGCUCACCAGGGAAUUCUCUGUUCAGAAGCUCUUAGAGAUCAUCAACAAAGUGAAGAGCUCUGACAAUGGUAAAUUCUUUGCUUGGAAUGGUCAGAAAAUUCCUUGGUAA